UUUCAUCUCAAAACCUCAUCACUGCAGUCUACAAUAUUCUGACACGCUUAGUUGAAACCUACCAUCUCGGAUAAGAUGGACCCCUUGAUGCCCUCUGCUUCUCAAGAUUCUGUCGAAAAGUUCUUGGAUGUCCCAUAUAAUCAAAGAUGGGAAUGCCUCAAGCCGGUUAUCGUCCGGGUUUAUAUAGAGGAAAAUAAUAAACUUGCAAACCUUUCCCGGCGAAUGGAAGUUGAGUACAGUUUCAAUGCUCAAGUUCACCAGUACCGAUAUCAAUUCAAAAAAUGGGGAAUAAAAAAGAGAACUGUAGCUGAAGAAAAAGAAGCCGUCAUCACUGCCCUUGGAAAACGUCGCUUACAAGAUGGGACGAGCACAUCUGAUGCUCUCAUCAAUCAGGGCGAUUUCCAGAAAUCAGUGGAUAAGAAGCAACUCAAGCGGUACAUAAAUCAGUCUAUCCGAGAAAAUGAACAGAUAACUUGGACUCCUGGGUUGUUUCUUCGACAUGACCUCCCAUACGCCGCCUUAUUUCGCAGGUCUAGCGGCAAUGAUAACCCUUCACCAUCUGUCAUUGGUCCUACUACCCCGGAUUUCGUGGAUGUGAAGAGUCCGCAUGGGGGGCCAUCUCCUUCGGCAUCCCAUAAUUCUUUGUCGCCAACUAUGCAACUAAUCCAGAAAAAGGUUCUUUUUGAUAGAGCAAUAUUCUUUUUAAGCGGACGGGAGGAUGACUUGCUGGCCCAAUUGGACAGAGACGAAAAGAAAUCUACUGCAACAUGGCUUCACGACUUCUGGAUGUAUUCUUUCAUGACGGCGAAAUACUGGGGUAGGGGACCAAAAACUUGGACUUUCUCCUUGAUCAACUUCAAGUCAUUUGCCAAGCAUCUUGUUCCACCCACGCCAGAUCACCAUAUCACCUUCGAAGAAACAUCAGAGUCCUCUUCAUCCACAGCAAUCGUUCCACCAUUUGACAGUCCGACUCAACUCUGUAGAUGGACCAUACAUCAUGAAGAUCCUGAGUAUGAAGACAUUCCAUCCCCUCCCUCACAGUCAUCCGACGAGCCAGACGCACGUUUUGAUAUUGACGAUGAAUCUACCUGGUCUCAAUGGCGUACCGAUGACCUAUCUAGGGAUCUUGCAAGUACUAUUGGGAAAGGGCUUCAAGAAAACGCAUUCUCUGCAAUCCAACCUGAGAGCCUUCCUUUAGAUGCCAAUUCGAUCGUGAAGGCCGUAGAACGGUCACCAAAAGAAUUGGAGGCAGAGGGAUUUAGUUUCGCCAUAAUAUCGCGAAACAGAGAUGCUAUUUACAAGAUCGCACGCUAUCGUAGGGAUAGAUUGCGAGAGUGCUAUUCUGACAUCUCCCCAUUUCAUCUGGCAGCAAGAUUCUUGGAUGGGGGGAAAACCUGCUGUAUGGUUAUGGACGUCCUACUAACAGAGUUAGAUGAUUCGUUGUCAAUCGGCGUUAAUUACAUUGAUAAAUCCGGUCUUACUGUUCUGGAUACUCUCUUUGUUACCAUCAUACGAUCGCAUAGCACAGUGCCGCCUCAGACCUUGGGUAAUGCAUUUACCGGCCAAACUCGAUAUCCUGGACAGGAGGUUGACCCUUGUGGGAGGUGGGAUGCUGAUUCUCCUUGCAUUCGGCAUUUAUACGCAUCGGGAGAACCAGCAAUUCCAAGCCAGUGGAAACAUAUGUUUUGCCAUACGUCGGUUCAAGCAAUCUGCCAUUGCAUUGCAUCAAUAUUCGGGGUAGAAUGGCGCCCAGACAUCAAUACGCCGAGUGGAUUGUUUCUCAAACGCUGUGGUCAUUGUGGAUUGGAGCUCAAAGUCAGCCCCCUUCACGCCCUAGUCCUGACGGCACUUUGCUUAGCGAAUGGUGGCAUGCCCGGAGAAAAUCUCUUCGGAAUUAUCGCUUGUCUCGUAUGUUUAUUAACAUUCCGUGCUGAUCCUUGUGCUACUGCAAAGAUCUCUAUCUCUUUGCUAUCGGGACAUGACCCAGGGGAUGACUGUCAACACCCGGAGAUUAAUCCAGCGGAACUAGCAGUGCUCCUAUUCGAGGAAAACUCUGGAACGUGGACAUCAGAGAUAAUUCUAGGUUGGAAAGUAUUAAUUGCCAUCCUCCAGCAUGAUGUUGCUAAGCGACGAGACAAACCUACUCACCACGAGGAUGAAUGUGAGGACGAGGAAGACGAUGUCGAGGUUUGCAGUCAUUAUAUUCAUGAAUUUGAGGAAGAAAGACUGUCAAAAUCAGUUUAUUGUGGGAAUCAACGACUGGGCGCGGUCUGGGCCUUGAUUCAGGCCGAAUUGUUGACGUAUCGCCGCCUAAACGAGGACGAACCUUGGCUAUCCCCCCGUUUUGAUAUGCGGAUUCUGUUGGAAGGAUUGGAAAGUGAUGACGACACUUGUCUCCAAAUGCUAGUACGUGGUGCUGAAGAGGCUGGAGAGAACUUGUUACAGAACUAUUCACGUUGUGGACUUUUCUAUGGAGCAAAAAAUCCGAUGUGUGCUUUGAGAGAAGAAGCAUGCACAUCGUAUUACGCCAAUUUGGAUGACUGGGAGCGGACUACAUUCAUUCAACCAAUGGAAUGCUAACCCUAAUCAAUCAGUUGUAUGUAAGGCAGAUCCUAGGUUACAGUAAU